CCGGCUUCAGCCACCGAGCCGGACCACUGAGAACGGGGGGGCCAGCGCACAGGGUCCAUCGGUUCAGGAAGAUGCCCUCUCGCUGCAGAAAUGCGGUGAACAUUGUGGUCACCACUCUGUUUGCAGCAGUGGUUCUGUUCACCAUCCUGCUGGCCUAUGUCACAGGAUAUCAGUUCAUCCACACUGAGCAGCAUCACCUGUCUUUCGGCCUGUAUGGCGCUUUCCUGUCCCUGCACCUUCUCCUGCAGAGCCUGUUUGCGUUCCUGGAGCAUCGGCACAUGAGAGCCCCGGCUCGCCCCCAGCACCUGCGCCGCACAGUGGCCCUGUGCAUCGCUGCCUACCAGGAGGAUCCCGACUACCUGAGAAAGUGCCUGCGCAGUAUUCGCCGGAUCUCCUUUCCUGGACUCAAGGUGGUGCUGGUGGUGGAUGGAAACAAGCCUGAGGACCGUUACAUGAUGGACAUUUUCCAGGAGGUGAUGGGCGGGGUGGAUCAGGCUGGGAGCAUGGUGUGGAAAGGGAACUACCACAGCGAUGGGAGUGGAGGAGCAGUGACAAACAAGAACACAGUGCACAUGGAGGAAGCUGCAAGGGUGUCCCGGCUGGUCAGAGGCUGUCGCUUCUCUUGUGUCAUGCAAGAGUGGGGCGGAAAGAGGGAGGUCAUGUACACUGCAUUCAAGGCCCUAGGAGACACUGUGGACUAUGUGCAGGUGUGCGACUCGGACACAGUGCUGGACCCCGCCUGCACUAUAGAGAUGCUAAAAAUAAUGGAAGAAGACCCAAUGGUGGGAGGGGUCGGCGGAGACGUACAGAUACUGAAUAAGUACGACUCGUGGAUCUCCUUUCUGAGCAGUGUGCGUUACUGGAUGGCUUUCAACAUUGAGCGUGCAUGCCAGUCAUACUUCGGCUGUGUGCAGUGUAUCAGUGGUCCUUUGGGGAUGUACCGAAACUCCUUACUUCAGCGCUUCCUGGAACCCUGGUACCAUCAGACCUUCUUGGGUUCGAAAUGCAGUUUCGGAGAUGACCGCCAUCUCACCAACCGGGUUUUGAGCUUUGGCUACAAAACAAAGUACACAGCUCGCUCACAGUGUCAGACUGAAACUCCAACACAGUACCUGCGCUGGCUCAACCAGCAAACCAGAUGGAGCAAGUCGUACUUCCGUGAGUGGCUCUACAAUGCCCUCUGGUUCCAUAAGCACAGCCUCUGGAUGACCUAUGAGUCUGUGGUGACAGGAUUCUUCCCUUUCUUUUUGGUGGCUACAGUGAUCCACUUGUUUUAUCGGGGAAGACUGUGGAACAUUCUGCUCUUCCUGCUAACAGUGCAGCUGGUGGGCAUGGUCAAAGCCACGUACGCCUGCUUUCUACGAGGCAGCUUGGUCAUGAUUUUCAUGUCCCUCUACUCUCUUCUCUACAUGUCCAGUCUGUUACCAGCUAAAAUCUUUGCCUUGCUUACCAUUAACAAGGCAGGUUGGGGCACUUCGGGGCGCAGGAAAAUAGUGGUGAACCUGAUUGGGGCUGUGCCUGUCACUGUAUGGGCUCUGGUGCUGCUGGGGGGAGUAGUCUACACUAUUUACUGUGAAACCCAGGAGCCCUUUAGUGAGACAGAGAAAGCCUUGUUGAUAUCAGGGACGGUAUUAUAUGGCUGCUACUGGAUUAUUUUACUGGUCCUCUAUUUGGCAAUUGUAGCCAAGAGGUGUAACAAGAGAGAAGAGCAAUAUCAGCUGCCAUACACAGAGGGAUAAAUCUGGUCUGGAGACCAGCAGACUCUAACAGCAGGGUCAGGUCUUGCAGUAGCAGGACUGAAGUCCCCUCUGUGAGCGGUUUAUGUGGUGCUAAGAGAUGAAGAGGAACAGGUCUCAGAUCCGGGACAGGAAUUGGGGCCAAACAGCACCCUUAUUUACUUCAUUGGUGCUUCACACACAGAGCCAAAUUCAAUGGCUAUAAGUGGUUUAUGCACAAGCUCUACCGAGCAGUAUGACAUUGUAUAAAACUGUGAUGAAAUGGGACAGCAUGGUCAAAGGAAACAGGAUAAAUCAGUGGAACUUAGCUUAGUAUGAACAAUCAGUCCUAAACUUCUGUCUCUACAGUUGGUUGUUUUAUCAGGGCAGCUUGACUUAAGCUAUAUUCACUUUCAGUAAAUGUACAUUCGUUGCUUUGUUCCUGCAUUGAAUUUAAACACUUCAGUUUAUGACAAGUCACCAUAUGUAGGUCUAUUGCUUUAACUAUAAUUUGGCCUUCAUUACUGCUCUGCAUGUAAACGUCAUUGACCAAUCAGAAUUUUUAUUAACCUAACUUGCUGAAGUGGGACUAAACAUCUCCACUCCUCACACAACCAAAAUUUAAACAGAGUUGGUAAAAGUGGGCAAAGUUUGUAGGAAUAACUAAACAGUACACAUUGCCAUUAAAACAACAUGUAAACAAUUUAGUCACAAAAGAGUCAAGUGUUCAGUCCCACUUUAAAUUGUUUUUGAUCUUAAUUUCUCUUCCAUUUUUAGAUUACUUUUGUUGGAUUCUCAAUUUAUUUUUAUUAUUGAAUUGAGCAACGUUCAGAAUUCAUUUAAUGUUAUUUAUUUAUUUAGAUAUAAAUUAAUGAAAGUUGUUGUCAAUGCACUGCAAAAAUAGUACUUGUAUGUCCAUGUUGGUUGUAAAUAUUAUCGGACCACUGCUCAUAAUGCUCUAAAGGUACUAUACAUCAAUAUUACAUUGUUUUAACAUGUAAAAAUACAGCCUCAAUGGCACCAAUGGCAAUGUGCCUCUAUGAGAUCAGGCUUUGAGAUCAACAUGGAUCUCCACGCUUACAUUAGCAGUAUUUUAAUGUGGCCACUGCCAAGUUCUGUCAAGUUUGAAUAAAAACAGUUGUUACAGACAGCACCUGCCAGCAUCAAAAUUUUGAAUAUCAUAGCUUAAUAUUAUUCUACUUUUCAGUAUUGCAUUGAUAAUUGAGGUAUUUUGUUGGUGCGUUUAGGUCUCAAACAAGCAGAAAGGUCUGUGAGUUCACAGCCAUGAUACUUAGUUUAGAGCGAUAAAUUGAUUCAUUACUGACUUGAAUUCCACAAACAUGGUAAUUUCCAUCUUCUGUU